AUGGCCAGCAGCAAACCGCUCUGCCUAACGGGAAGCCUGCGCGAUCGCGGGCCCGGCCGCCCUUCGAGCCCGGAGUGCGUUUCCCGGGAUCCAGGGCGGCCGCGCCUCGCUUCCCGGCCCGGCAGGCCCUCGAGGCCAUUCCCGCUGCGGCCGCACCUACCUUCCCAGCCCGAGGCUGCGCGGGCGCCGCCAGUCACACAGGCCGAAGCCGUGCCGCCGCCGGCACCCCCCCCCCCGCGCUCCUCCCGCUGCAGCCCCGGCGUUAGCCUUUAUUUGCGGGUCUCGCAGCCACAAAAUGGCGCUGAGGGAGGAAACCAGGCCCCGCCGCCAGCCCCGCCCCGCACGGAGUGCGCCCCGCCCCGAGCGCGCCGCCGAUACCCCGCCCGUGGCCCACUCACCCGAGACGCGCCUCUCGGGCGCCGCCUCGGUCACCGCGCCGGGCGCCUCAGGCGAGGAGAGGCGAGGGGAGGCCGGCCGGACCCGCCGGAGCCCCGAGGCGCGGAGAGGCAGCAGCGCUCCGCCGCCGCACCGACACCGUCCGCGGAGGCCCGCGCCUGCCCCGUAGGGGCUCUGCAAGCUCAGCCGGGUUGGGGAGGGAAGCGGCCGGAGAGAAGGGCGGGCCCGCGAGGUCGGAGGUCACCCGCGAGGCAUCUCGGGACGGCAGCCGCUGCCCGACAAGCUCGGCGGGGCCACCUGCGGCGGCAGCGCGGCCUGGGCGGAGGAAUCCGAGCCGACGAGCGCGUGAUUGGCUCCUCGCUGUACGGCGCACCUCACAGGAUGCUUCCGCGCGCGGUGCCGGAACGUGGAGGCAGCGGGUUUACGCCUCAGCGCCCGUCGUUCUAAGUUUGGGGGCCUGAGAAGCCGCCGCUGUCCCUGCAGCCCCGGGCUUGAGUCAAGGAGCAAGGAGGCUUUUGCAUCGCAGGGGCCUUGGAAAACUGAAGAAAAUGGGAACGGAUGAUUCACAGAGAAGAGAUCCUUAAAUACACCAUAGGAGGAAGAUCAACUUUGUUCAUGAUGGCAAUAUACAUUGAAAUCCUGUUUCCUGGUGAGGAUGCUGUCAUUAAUAGUUAUGUGUCACUUUGGAAUUAGUCCCGGGCUGAG